GGCAGCUCUGACAGUUGCUGCGCGUUUUCUACAAUAGCAUUGGCAUUAAAGUUAAUCUUUCAGAAUUUUAAAUUUGAAAAGAUACGUUUCCAAAUGCUAUGUGAUGCCGUAUAAAUAUGUAGAACGGGUUAAAAACCGGCCGGACCAAACACGCGAUACGCAAAUAUAAGAGACGGGUUUUUUUCUUGUCGCAGUAGGCUGGGCCACGUUGUGUGUGUGCGUGUGUGUGUGUUAUAAAAGAAGAGCACAAGAAGUAUUGUGAAAAUCGAGCCAGUCAAUAAAAAGGAAUCGAUCCUCUCCCUUCCAAUAAGGACUCUCACUCAGUGCACGACGAAAAUGGACGUAUCUCAGCCUCCUCCGCAACUACUAACGGCGCCAUCAGCGCUAGCCACAACCUAUGCCACAUCUCUGCCGCCUCCUUCUAUGGGUGGGCCGCACUACAGACACUACCACCCGCACCAUGGCCAGGGCAAACAGGGCUACAAUCACUUUAAGCCAUUUGUGCCAGGCGGCUUCCAACGACCAUUUGGCAUGUCCCAGGACGACUUCGAUGGCAAGCGAUUGCGCAAGAGUGUGAUGCGAAAAACAGUGGACUACAAUGCGUCCAUUAUCAAGGCACUGGAGGCGCGCCUCUGGCAGCGUGACUAUCGGGAUCGCCUGGCCCUCCAACCAGACAGCAUCUAUGUGCCCCAAAUGUUGCCACCAUCUAGUUAUUUGGAUAAUCCUUCGAAUUCAGUGACGACACGCUUUGUAAAAACAGCCACGAAUAAAAUGCGGUGUCCCAUUUUUACGCUUGCCUGGACGCCAGAGGGCAGAAGAUUGGUCACUGGCGCUAGCUCUGGCGAGUUCACGCUAUGGAACGGCUUAACAUUCAAUUUCGAGACAAUCUUACAGGCUCACGAUGUUUCAGUGCGCACAAUGGUUUGGUCCCACAAUGACAGCUGGAUGGUUACUGGCGAUCACGGUGGUUACGUCAAGUACUGGCAAUCGAACAUGAACAACGUUAAGAUGUAUCAAGCGCACAAGGAGGCGAUUAGGGGAAUAAGUUUCAGUCCCACGGACAGCAAAUUUGUCAGCGGUAGCGAUGAUGGAACCCUGCGCAUUUGGGAUUUCAUGCGCUGUCAGGAGGAGCGCGUCUUGCGCGGGCAUGGCGCGGAUGUCAAGUGCGUGCACUGGCAUCCCCAGAAGGGAUUAAUUGUCAGCGGCAGCAAGGAUAAUCAACAGCCGAUAAAGAUAUGGGAUCCCAAGAGCGGCGUUGCUCUAGCCACACUCCAUGCCCACAAGUCCACGGUGAUGGACCUUAAGUGGAACGACAAUGGCAACUGGCUGGUAACUGCCUCGCGUGAUCAUUUGCUAAAACUAUUCGACAUACGUAAUUUACGCGAGGAGGUGCAGGUCUUUCGUGGUCAUAAGAAGGAGGCUAGCUCAGUGUCCUGGCAUCCUAUACACGAGGGUCUCUUCUGCUCAGGCGGUUCAGAUGGUUCCAUUCUCUUCUGGAAUGUGGGUACGGACAAGGAAAUUGGCGGCGUCGAGACUGCGCAUGACAGCAUAGUCUGGACACUGGCUUGGCAUCCGCUUGGUCACAUACUCUGCUCCGGUUCAAAUGACCACACCAUUAAGUUUUGGACACGCAAUCGACCCGGCGACUUGAUGCGUGACAAAUACAAUUUAAACACCUUGCCGGCCAGCUUGGCAGCAUUGGAUGAGUGCGAAUAUGAUGACGCCGUCAUUCCCGGCAUGGGUCCCGAGGACAGAGUUGAGUUCACCGAAAGCCUCACAGCCGAUAAGGGCUUCAUUCCCGGUUUGGACUUGGAUCCCAGUAAAGCGGCCGGUGAUCGCGAUCGUGAGAAGAAGGUCCCUUACAGCAAACCCAUCCCACAUAACUUUCAGGUACGCUGGGCAGGUCCAAGACGGGCCGACGACCUCGGUCUGCUCAGCAUACACGACGAACUGGCGGCACGUGAGAAUAAGGACUCGAGCAAUGGUCUAACACAUCAGCAGAUUAGUGAGAACACACUCGAGGGUAUCUUGGCGAGCGGCAUGCUGAAUAGCCUCGAUCCGCAGACAAUAAUAGGCAUAUUUGUCUAUGGACGCUUCAUACGUCUGCAUCCAGAUUCCAGAUUAAUGGCAGCCGUACGUCAAGGUGCCGAUUAUCUCAACAAAUACAUUGAUGCGGGCAAACUGGAGGAGCUGCGUGAUGUUGUGCCUAUCCGUGAACGGUCUCGCUCCAUAUCGCCGACAGUAGAGGCUCGCGUUGAAGUUUCUCCUCCGCCCAAGAAGUCGCGCUUCGAGCCCCGACAGCACAAUGCGCAGCUCGUGAGUGUGCGUGAGUUGCUGCUAUUGAAAAAACCAUUUUUGCCGUCCUUAUUGGCGGUGAAGGCGCAACCGCAACCGAAAACAGAAUUUGUUGACGAUCAAAACCGGGGGAGUGGCUCCCCCAUGGAUUCACAGUACCAGCAGCAACAACAACAGCAACCGCAGCAACCACAACAACAACAGCAGAGCUCAUCCAGCCGACCAAGUCCAUGGGCAUCCAAUGCCAGUUUCUCUCCCUGGGCUAGUAAUAAUGGCGGCAAUUCCAGCAAUGGCAAUCAAAAUGGCUACAAUGGUGGCAAUAAUGGAUCGUUCAGCGGAUCAGCUUCAUCGUCUGGCGAUGCCAAUAACUUUAAUGAGCGCGAACAGUACCAAAAGGGUGGCAGCAACAGCAACCAUGGCAAUCGCCGCAGGCGUGGCAAUAAUUCCAGUGGUGGUUCGGGUGGAGGAGGAGGUGGGGGUGGCAGCGGCAGAAACCGCGGACGCAACAACAGUAGGCGAUAUUAAACCGUCACACACCCAACAUACCUACAUACGAGUGCAUGCAAGAAUUGUAAUACAACUUCAUAUAGAUCAUGAUAAAGAAAUGUGUCUAAAUUAGAAUUUAAGUUUCCCGGCCAAUCCAUACUUUACGGCAAAAAGGAAACCCAUUUUACCAUUAAUUCUAUUCAAUAUUAACUUUGUCUAAGAAUAACACAGUAAUUGUAAUUAUAAUUUCAUACUUACAUAGUUUCCACUUAUAAAAUAGAGCUUUUAA